CAGUGCAGAUCUCGGAUGAAGGAGAGCAGAGGGACAGUGUUUCUGCCAAAAGACAUCCUGGCUUCCGCGGUAUCGAAUUUCCGAAGUAAAAUUAAGCACGGGACUGGAUUUUAUUUAUAUUUUAUUACGGAGGAUUCUUACAAUCUGAGGGGAAUUUGGUCCGGAAUAUCUAUUCAAAAUACACCGGGAAAGGAAACAAAGGGGCUGAGAGUGACUGGGAUGGAAAUCAGGCACAGAGAUCUGAGCCGGGCAGUCACACGGCAAGUACUGUUGUUUCCCUUCUUAUUCUUUUUGUUCUGCCGGGCGGUCUCGGAGCAGAUUCGUUAUUCGAUUCCUGAGGAAAUGGCCAAAGGGUCUCUAGUGGGGAACCUCGCCAAGGAUUUGGGGCUGAAUAUGAGAGAACUGCCUCUGCGAAAGCUCCGUGUGAAUUCGGAAAAUAAAUAUUUCACUGUAAACGAGGAACACGGCAACCUGUAUGUAAAUUACAGGUUAGACCGGGAGAAACUAUGCGGCGAGAAACCCCUUUGUGUCUUAAAUUUAGAAGUUGUGGUUGAAAACCCUUUAAAUGUUUUCCACGUGAACGUCGCAAUCCAGGACAUUAAUGAUAAUACACCGCGGUUCGUUAAAAAUAAUAUCGAUUUAGAAAUUAAUGAAUUAGCACAACCUGGUGCGCGAUUUCCACUAGAACCUGCGCAAGAUCCCGAUGUUGGAAUCAACUCACUGCAGAGUUACCAUCUUAGUCCAAAUCCAUAUUUUGUUUUGGAACUGAGAGAAAAUCCGGACGGCAACAAAUAUGCAGAAUUAGUGUUAAAGAAACCUUUGGAUCGAGAAAAAGAAAGGUCUCUUCAUUUAAUCUUGUCCUCCGUGGAUGGGGGAGAGCCAGUCAAAACGGGGACAGUUCCGAUUAAGAUUAACAUUAUUGAUGCCAAUGACAAUCCCCCUAUAUUCACUGAAAAAAUCUACAAAGUCAGCAUGAGAGAAAACCUACCGAAGGGAACCUUAGUGCUUCAGGUGAAAGCGACUGACGCGGAUGAAGGUACAAAUUCCAAAAUAACAUAUUCUUUCAGCAACAUACCGCAGAGCGCGCAGCAACUGUUCGGUUUGGAUGCUAGUAAUGGAAAGAUUACAGCAAAAGGUAUCUUGGACUUUGAAGAAAAAAAUAGCUACACGUUUGACGUGGAAGCCAGAGAUGAGGGAAGUCUGACUGCCCAUUCUAAAGUUCAAAUAGAAAUUCUCGAUGAGAACGACAACGCUCCCGAAGUGACAUUAACAUCCGUAUCCAGUCCCAUUCCCGAAGACUCACUACCCGGAACAGUGAUAGCUCUGAUCAAAGCCCGUGACCGAGACGAUGGAAGAAAUGGAGAAGUGACCUGUCGCAUUCAAGAUAAUUUGCCUUUUAAAAUAAUAUCCUCCUCUAAUAAUUACUACAAGCUCCUCACAGACAGCCCCCUGGACAGGGAAAGGACCCCGGAGUACAAUAUCACAAUCACAGCCACAGACAAAGGCUCUCCCCCUCUCUCCACCCAGAAAACCAUCCUAUUACAGAUCUCGGACAUCAAUGACAACGCCCCUGUCUUUGAGAACCCUUCCUACACCGCCUAUGUGCCAGAGAACAAUCCCUCGGGGGCCUCUAUUUUCAGUGUAAAAGCCUCAGACCGGGAUCUGGACCGGAACGCCCGAGUCACUUACUCCAUCCUGAGCAGCAACCUCGAGGAGGUGCCUCUCUCCUCCUACAUCUCUAUUAACUCCCAGACCGGAGCUAUCUAUGCGCAGCGCUCCUUCGACUACGAGCAAUUCCGGGAGUUUGAAGUGCAAGUGAAGGCCCAAGAUGGCGGGUCCCCGCCUCUCAGCAGCAAUGUCACCGUCAGGGUGUUUAUUCUGGAUCAGAAUGAUAACGCCCCUCGCAUCCUGUACCCUUCCGUGGGAGCCGAUGGCUCCGCCUUGUUCGAGAUGGUCCCUCGCUCGGCCGAGGCAGGUUAUCUGGUGACUAAGGUGGUGGCGGUGGAUGCUGACUCAGGGCACAAUGCCUGGCUCUCCUACCAUUUGCUCCACGCCACGGAACCGACGCUGUUCAGCAUGGGGCUGCACACCGGGGAGAUCCGGACAGCCCGCGCCUUUGCGGACAGAGAUGCUGUGAAGCACAGGCUGGUCACCCUGGUGAAGGAUAACGGGCAGCCGCCUCUGUCAGCCACAGUGACUCUCAACCUGGUGUUUGCAGAGAACUUCCAAGAGGCUCUUCCGGAAAUGAGCGACCAAUCGGGUGACUCGACACCUCAGACUGAUUUACAGUUUUACUUGGUGCUGGCUUUAGCCCUGAUCUCAAUUUUGUUCCUCCUGACAAUGACACUGGCCAUUGUGAUGAAAUUGCGAAGUUCAAGGAAACCUAAAUUACUUCAGUGUUUUGAUCGUGACCCUUUUUCCAAGACUAUACCUACAUUCCCACCAAAUUUUGGAGAUGGUACUUUGCCUUAUUCUUAUCAGCUAUGUUUAUCCUCAGAAUCUAAGAAAAAUGAAUUUUCUUUCCUGAAACCUAAUGCCCAGAUAUCAGAGAAUGUUCUCUGCAGUGGGAACUCUGGGACCUUACUUAUGAACAAUGGAUGUAGCGUCCUAACAUCUGAAACGGAAACUGCGGAAGUGGAAGGAGUUGCAGCCUACAUAUCUCUGCAGCCUCUAAACACUCCUCUCUUGACGGGGAGGGACUGCAGCCUUCCCCAGCAGCCCCUUCUUUUGCUGGCUUCCUGGCUUAUAUAUGCCCCAUCUGUUUCUGGACAGAUCAAAGUUGUCGUUGUGGUCCGCGAUGUAAAUGACAACGCUCCGGAAAUCGCUCUUAAGUCUCUUAUCAGCUCGAUCCGCUAUGUACAAGAUCGGGAUUCAGGAGAGACCAGGGAGAUCGGGUGCUCCAUCCCCAGCAAGCUCCCUUUCCAGCUGAAGAAACUCUUUGAUAAUUAUUACAGUCUAGUGACAGACCGAAUCCUGGACAGGGAGCAGGUGGCAGCAUACAACAUCACAGUGACCGCCACGGACAAUGGGACUCCUCCUCUUUCUACAGCCACCAUGAUCCCACUCCAGAUUUUAGACACGGACGACAACGGUCCCCUCUUCGAUGAAACAUCCUACACCGCCCACGUCACUGAGAAUAACCCGAGAGGAGCCUCCGUUUUCUCCCUGAGGGCGCAUGAUCCGGACGGUUGGCGCCGGCGCCGGGGGCAGGAGAGAAAACGCCAGUCACCUGUUCUGUUACCGAAGGUCAGAUCCAGGAAGCUCCGCUCUCCUCCUCCAUCUCCAUUAACUCCGAGACUGGGGCUCUCUACGCUCUGCGCUCCUUCGAUUAUGAACAGUUCCCGGAGAUUCGGUUCCAAGUGCAGGCUCAGGAUGGGGGGUCCCCACCUCUCAGCAGUAAUGUCUCCGUCACUCUUUAUACUGGAUCAGAAUGACAACAGCCCGCACAUCUUACUCCCUUCCUUUCCCACCGAUGGCUCCACGGGAGUGGAGUUGGCCCUCGCUCCUCCGAGCCGGGUUACCUGGUCACUAAGGUGA